AUGAUUUCUCUUGAACGCCAAGAUUUACGUGAUGAAAAUGCAAGAUUGAAUGAAAGAGUGGAUUCUUUAAUGGAGGAAUUAUCUAAACCUCAAAAAGAAAUAGAUUCCUUAGAAAGGCAGUUAUAUGAAUUAAAAUGUGAAGGAACUUUAGCUCUUUUAUUAAAAGAAAAAAUAACAGAAUUGGAAAUAUGUUUAGAAGAGAGAAAGAAAAAAGUAGAAGAAUUAGUAGUGCAGUCAAGAAAAGAAAAGGGCGAAACUUCUUGUUUACAAACUAAAUUAAGGGAUCUAGCCGCAAAUUUAGAACCAAAAGAAAAACUAUGCAAGGAAUCAGAAGAUGAAAAAACUAAAGAUCUUAAUAAGAUCGGAGAGUUAAAUAAACUUUUGGAUCAAGAAAGAAAAGAAAAUGAAAAGUUGCGCGAUAAUAACAGAAAAGGUGAAAAUAAGCUUGCUAAUGGAAUAACUUUCCCGAAGCCACUUUCUCCUCGCACAUCCACACCAAGAAGAUAUUCUAGAAAAUCGCUAUCUCCUAAAAAGGAAGAUGAGGAUGAGAGUAAAGAAAAUUCAGAGCAACUGAAUCACGAAAAUCCUAACACAAGUUCCUGCAGCCCUAAUUUAUCGCUUUUUAGGGAUGCAAAAAAUAAUUCCUAUCACACCUUAAAGAUAAAAAAAUCUUUAGAGAAAAGAUUAGAGGCCAAAGCGAAUCACAUAUUUGAAAUAACAGACGAAUUGAAAAAGAUAGCGAAGGAAAAAGAUGAGCUUGGUAAGCAAAAAGAAGAAUUACUUUAUGAAAUCACACGUUUAUGUGAACAUUUACAAGAAAAAGAAGGUAAUCUAGCCGAAAAAGAAAAACGCAUGACGGAAUUGAAAAGGAAAACAAACAAUAAUAAACAUGCAGAAUUAAAAAAUGAAGAAUUAUAUAAGGAAAUAGAAAAAUUGUGUAAGGAAAAACAUAUAUUAUGUGAAAAAAGAAGAAUUACAUAA